AUGAGUGCACAAGAGACGACGGCGGAGACGUUGAAAAAAAUCAAAAAUAAGCAGCGCAGGCAGAAAGUUUUUGCCGCCAUUCAACAUGAGCGAGCGAAGGAGAGGCAUAAGGAGCGUGCAGCAAGAGCGAAGGAGGAGAGGGAGAACCCACAAUUGAAGGAAGAGAGAUUGGCAGCAAAUGUGCCAGACACUAUUGAGUCGAAAAGAGUUUACGAUGAGACGAUCUCAGCUGAGUUCGAAGGUGAGGAUGAGUUCUCUGCUCUUUUCAGCAAAACGCAGAAGGAUCCAAAAGUUCUUCUCACAACCAACGCCAACGCCAGAAAAGCUGCAUAUGAAUUUGCCGAUAUGAUGAUGGAUUUUGUUCCAAAUGUGACGUUUGUUAAAAGAAAGAGGGAGUAUCUGAUGAAGGAGAUGGCUCAGUUCUGCAACAACAGAGAGUACACCGAUCUCAUAGUCAUCAAUGAAGACAAGAAGAAGGUGAAUGGUCUUACGUUUAUUCACCUUCCCGAGGGUCCCACUUUCUACUUCUCCGUGUCUUCAUACGUUGAGCCCAAGGGCAUCAGAGGUCACGGGAGGGCCACAUCGCAUAUUCCCGAGCUCAUCUUGAACAACUUCAACACGAGAUUGGGUAAGACGGUCGGCCGUCUAUUCCAGGCGAUUUUUCCCAAACAACCUGAGAUUGAGGGCCGACAGGUGAUCACAUUGCAUAACCAGAGAGACUAUAUCUUCUUCAGAAGGCAUAGGUACUUGUUCAAGGAGAACGAACGUGUGGGUUUGCAGGAGCUAGGACCCCAGUUCACUUUAAAACUUCGCAGACUACAAAAGGGCAUCAAGGAAGAAAUUGAAUGGGAGCAUAAGCCUGACAUGGACAAAGACAAGAGAAAGUUCUACCUCUAG